GCUACACAUUGGUAGCAAUGCACCGGUUGGUUUUUAUCUAUGACUAGGUUAGAUCAUACCUUUAUAUUUUAGGUAUAUCUUUUGAAUAUCGAAAAUGUCUUGAAAACAGAAGCACAUAAACAGUAUAACUAUAAGGCGAUUGAUUUGGGUUAACUCCCUAAUAGAGGCAUAUCUAAUUACGUCCUUUAAUUGAGGUUAUAUAUUUCUGUAUUAUGUUCAAGUUUCACAUUUCCAUCUUAAAGCUACCUGGAAGCAAUGGUUGGAUGCCUUUGACUAGGAUUAAUGCUUUUUUGUCGUCUGUUGUUACUGAACCGAAGAGUAAUGUCGUUAUUUCUGAAGACGAGAAUCAUAUAGAAAAGAUUACCAAUCCCAAACGUAAUAAUUUAGUGUCAGUAGCGUUCGCUUCUCUGCGGACAGAACAAGCGCUUAGUGCUAUUUCAACCCCGUUUACUGAUCAGAAAAUUAAGAAAUCCCAAACGGUGGAUGAUUUGUUGUCAAUCUCUGUGGGGUCGGGUACUUCUAGGCGACAUGCUCUUAAAGUAGUGUCGGUCCUGGCAGAAUGGACGACCACGGGAAAAGUCAAAUUGUCAGAUUUUGAAUCUGACAAGAGGUUUUUAAAGCUUUGCAAAAUUUUGUCCAGGGGUAAUUCGCAGCUGGAUAAACCAUCCAACAGCGAAAAUUUAUCUACAAUCUUAAGUGUAACGGCAGAUGAUGAAGCUGCCAAAAUGGUUGAAACUAUCACCCUACCCCAGAUGGUAAAGGUAAUGUCAACACUAUCAAUGAAAAGGAGACGACCCAGUUUACUGCUACGAGCAUUGGCCUACAACAUGACCUCGAGCCCUCAAGCUCUUAAUAUAAAAGAAUGCAGCGAUUUGUUGUUCGCUAUGUCUACGUUGCAUUUUAUUGACGAAAACUUAUUAGCGAAGAUAGCCGGAGAUGCCGUCGCCGCUCUGCAACAUGGCAUUUUAAAGACGAGCUCUGUUGUUGGAUCUAUGUUGACCAGCCUGGGACAUUUGAGAUAUAAAAAUAUAGACCUUCUGGAAGCUAUCACCAAUUGGGUGGAGAAAAAUUAUAAUGUCUGUCGACCCCAAGAUAUUUUCGCUUUGGUGAUGACUAUGGGCAUCUUGAAAUUUGUUCCUUCAAAUUCUGAUAAAUUAUUUAGGAUUGUAGAACCUCAGCUAACCCAAUCGGAGGCGGGAAAGCCGAUAGUUUGGUUAGAAAUUGUUUGGUCGCUGGUGCUACUUAACCGAGCCAGCUCAGAACAAAUAGCAUCGGUAUUACGUUCAGACUUUAUAAACAGUAUAAUAGAGGACAACUCCUUCAAAAUUUCACACAGAUUAAAACUUUUAAAUAUUGAUGGUGCGGCGAGGCAUCUUCAGGAAAAUUAUUCAGGGCCGCAACUGUUGCCUGAAUUUAAUUUGGAUGAUGUAAGGAUAGAACUGUCCAAGGAGAAGUCUGUAAUGGUCGGUUCUGUUAUUGAAACUCUUAAAAACCUCGUGUCUGAUGCUUACCUGCAGACCAGAGUAAACACCGGGCUUGGGUUUUAUAUAGACGCCGUAUGCGUGCUUGAUAAAAAGUGUAUACCUCAACCAGUAAACGAACCCAACAUAAAUCCGGAAUAUUCGAGGAUCGCGAUAAUGGUGUACGACUAUCACGAUAUGUGCGUUGGUCGAAUAGAACCUACCGGCAUUAGCGCUCUAGCCGAAAGUAUCUUGAAGGCGAACGGCUACAAGGUUCUCGCCGUACCUUAUACGGAAUUCAAGCCCCGGGACAAAAUCGUCUAUCGAGUUCAGUACCUGGAAGGGAAGCUGAAAGAAAUCGCCAGCGGCUCUAGUUAAUUUGUUGUUUAUUUGCGAGUAAUUA